AUGGCGGUUGCAAUUAAAAAGGAAAAGACAAAAUUUGCUCCUGUUAAGGAAGUUUUAUCUGAAAAGGAUCAUAAUAAUUACACUAAAUUCCAGGAUACAUCUAAAUUGGAAUGGUUUUGUAGGACGUCAAAUCACAAAAAAUUCAAAUCACAUAGCUUGUUGAAAGCAGUAAGAAACCCAACGGAAACAAGGAUAGAGACGCAGACUCUGUAUUUUACGGAUCUCACCAAUGACAAAUGUGGAUUUAUCCAACUAUUAUAUUCAAGUAUUAUGGGGGGUAUAUAUAAAGGAUUUCAGUUAAAUUUCAAAGUAUUCAAAGCUAGUAGCGGGGAGGACUCUGAAGAGAACAUUGAUAUAUGGGAAAGCUUCAAAAUUGAUAAUAUCAAAGAUUUCGAUACAUUGAAAGUAGAAUCGGACAAUGUAACUUUUCAUUUUGUGCCUCUGAAAGAUUCUUCAUCAGAUGGGUUUGCUCAGUUGUUAAUUAAGAUAGACAUUCCAAAGGGAAGCACAAACUGUUUGCUAAAGGAUUUGAAAGUUGACAUGACCGUAAAUCUACAAGAGGGAUUUAUAAUAAAUCCAGAUGGCUCCAACUACUACCUUGAUAAGAGCAUAAGCUUAGAAGAAUUGACUAAAAGAGACUCUUCCAGUACGUCUAGAAGGAUGAUCAGACAUGUAUUUGUUCCUAGAGGGUUUUGCAAUGGCACUAUAUCAUACAAAAAAAACGAUACACUUGUAAAACUAGACCUGAAAGACACGCCUAUGUUAUACUUAGAUGCCGUCCAGGGGCUGAUACCUAAUAAGGCGGCAAGCAAAUGGAAUUUUCUUUGUUUCAAUGGUAAGAAAAGUUCAAUGAUGUGUAUUGAAUUUACCACAACAAAAGAAUACGGCAGUGCUACAGUGACUAUAUGGGCGGUUAGUGAUAAAGACAAGAUUUUGGAGGUAGGAUCAAGUGUGAACGAUCAUGCGGUGAAGUUCCCAUCCACACAAGAGGAUAAGCAAAAUGGUUGGAAAUAUCCCACAUCUAUUGCAUUCCCUCGCGGCUUUGAAGAAUCUAAUCUAAGAUUAGUCAAUAGAUAUGAUAUAAUGAGUGAGCUGCCUGCUUUCAUUAGGUCAAUUGCUGAAAAUUUAGCAAACAUGAAGCCUUUUAUUUACCAAUUCUGCCAAAGAUCAAAAUUCGACGAUGAUGAAGGAGUUUCCAUCAUCGAAAGUACGUUUAUUAACUGA